UAUAAGGUAAUGACGAGUUCUUAUGAAUCAACGCCAGAAACAACGAACGCAAACAGAGCGUGUCGAGUUGUACUCGGUCCCUGCACGGAUGGUCUACGUGAUUUAUUGCGUCACUACGUCCCACCACACUCAUUCCAUCAUGUCAUUAAACAAAACAAGCUUAAUCUUCCUCGACUUAACAGAGAUCAACGAGACCUCAUCUUACCACGAACUGGGAACUAUGCUGGAAACUAUGUUGAUAUGGACAUUUCAUUACUGUAUAUCUUAUUGAGGAAUAUAUCUAGCAUACCACCACAAUCCAAUGGCUGGGGCAACGAUCCUGACCCCAGUGACAAGAGCGUCUCUGCCACCAUUGAGAGGAUUCGAUUGGUUCGGAAUCGUUGUGUUCACUCAUCUGAUCCAUCCAUGUCCAUCUCAGACUUUCAUUCCAUUUGGUCCACCAUUAGGUCUGCAAUGGUAGAUCUGGAUGCUUUCCUCAUGAAUGGAAACAAAUAUGAAAAAGAUGUGGAUUUCCUACAUAGAGAGUCGAUGGACCCUGAAAAUGACCUACAUUAUGAGGAAGAACUGAAGAAGCAGGUGGAGGAAGAUAAGACGACCAGGAAAAUGAUGGUCAGCCUUAAAAGUAUGGCAAUAUUAUGCAAUAUCAGUUUUGAGUUUUGGAAGGUUGAGGAAACUGCAGAGGAAACAAAGAAGUUGCAUGGUAAAGUAGUGAAACUAACUGAGUCCCCAAUCCCACCAAAUGUGAGAGAGCAAUACGAUAUUGAGGUUCAAAGAUGGACAGAGGAAAACAAGCUUUACUAUGAAACCCACAGCUUCCCGUCAGUGAUGCAGAAAGUGAGAAACCAACCAUACGUAACAUUUGUCGGAGUACCUGGGUCCGGGAAGUCGGCCACGGCUCAUCACAUCGCCCUCAAGCUCCAGGAAGAAGGUUAUCAGGUUGUACCAAUUGAUGAAAUCAGAGAGCUAAAGCAAUACUGUGACACAAAGAAUCCGCAGGUUUUUGUUAUUGAUGAUGUAGUGGGUGUCUUUGGCCUCCAAAAAACUAAUUUAGAUGUGUUGACUAAUUAUGAAAAGAAAAUAACACAGCCUUGCAUGGAUAAGUCUAGAACUUUGAUGACAUGUAGAGAGGCUGUGUUCAAUGAGACACUGUCUUACAAACCAUUCCUUACCAAAGAUGAGAAUGUGAUUAAGUUACACAGUUCUUAUAAUGCAUUAGAUGACGAAGACAAAAAACAGAUUCUCAAGAAAUAUGGUUUAAAGGAAGAUCUAAUAUCGCCUGAAUUGCUGACAUCAACAUCUCACAUGUUUCCCCUUCUCUGUAAAUUAUUUUCAAAGGAAACAAAAUUCAAAGCUCUUGGUCCAACGUUUUUCCUGAAUCCAGUUCAAUGUAUCAUAGAUGAACUUGAUGAUAUGCAAAGGCAUAACAAACUGAAUUAUGCAACACUUGUUUUAUGUAUGCUAAAUGAAAACAGCAUCUCUAAAGACAUUUUAAAAGAUAGAAAAAAUGAACAUUUCAUGAAUAUGAAAAGUGAUACUUUGGAAAAUUGUGAAUUAGAAAACCAAACUGAUGCAUUCAAGUUUGUGAAAGCCUUGUCAGCAAUGGAGGGGACAUACACAAAACAGUGUGGUGCACACUACACAUUUAUACAUGACUCCAUGUUUGAAAUAUGUGCUUAUCAGUAUGGCAAACAGUUUCCGGACAAAAUGUUGUUGUAUAUGAGUAGUAGUUAUAUUGCUAAUUAUGUCAAACCACAGACAAUUGAACCAGGUAUUGUGAACAAAAUGAUAGAGAAACAGGGGGAUUUUCAAUCUAGUAAGGGGGAUAAAAGUAGCGAUGAUAGUGAUGUAAAAGAGAAACAGAGUGAUUCUCAAUCUAUUGAGAGGGAUAGAAUUAGUGAUGGAAAAGUGAAGGAGAGUGGUACUCAAUCUAGUGAGGGAGAUGAGAGUACUAAUGCUAUUGAAGGAAAAAGGAAGGAGAGCGAUGAUGAAAACGAUGAGAGAAAGGAAUCGUUUGAUCUGUGUAUAAGGUUAGAUGAGGACCAGUACCCACUGUUAGCAGAGAGAUUGUACAGAGACAUACAGAACAUGGAGCUGUAUGAUGUUUUCAGGAAUGAAGUUUUAGCACAUACCCAGGUAUGUCAGGCUUUUAUUGGUGUGUUAGAGACAAAGUCAUACACAGAAUUAAAAUCCGUAUUUCUGUCCAGUCAGGGAGAGGUAGAUAAGAUAGUGAGUAAACGAGGAUGUGUGAAGGAGGAGAGUGAUGGGAGUAAGGAGACGAGGGAGCUGAUUGAGUAUUGGAAACAGACAGUGCUGUUGGAUAAGAGGGAUAAGGGGAUACAAUCGAAUGAAUACAAUGUGAGAGUGAUCAGCUGGGUGAUUUUGUAUGGACAUUAUCAUAUAUUAGAGUACAUAGUUCAACAGACUGGACUACACAAUGAAAUAUGUGAAUUAUUUGAGAUAACAGGAAAUUCUUCACAUCAGUCUAAAUCUGGGAUAGAUACAUGUAUUAGACAGGAAAAUGAAAACAAUAGGUUAAUAGAAAAGUAUAGAUUACUUCUGUUGAGUUGUUAUAGUGGUGAUGUACAGUCAGUCAGACUUUUACUUCCUGUCUGUAAGAAAGCAAUCGAUGGGAGUAAAGAUAGGCCCUGGUUUAUUUAUUCACCUCUUGGUGCUGCAUGUAAUGCAGGACAUGUGAGUGUGGUGAAGGAGCUGGUGAAGGCGGGUGCUGAUGUCAAUCUAGAGCAUGAUUUCGGGAUUACACCACUGAUAGCUGCAUGUGAGGGAGGACAUGUGAGUGUGCUGGAGGAGCUGAUGAAGGCGGGUGCUGAUAUCAAUCAACAGAAUCGUCUGGGGGAUACACCACUGAUAGCUGCAUGUGAAGGAGGACAUGUAAGUGUGGUGGAGGAGCUGGUGAAGGUGACGGCUGAUCUAAAUAUAUGUGAUGUUAAUGGGCGUACACCACUGGCAGCUGCAAGUAUGCAAGGACAUGUGAGUGUGAUACAGGAGCUGAUGAAGGUGGGGGCUGAUAUCAAUCUGCAGGAUAAUGACGGGAAUAGUCCUCUGAAAACUGCAAGUAAGGCAGGACAUGUGAGUGUGGUGGAGGAGCUGGUGAAGGUGGGGGCUGAUGUCAAUCUACAGGAUAAUGGCGGGAAUAGUCCUCUGAAAGCUGCAAGUAAGGCAGGACAUGUGAGUGUGGUGGAGGAGCUGGUGAAGGCGCGGGCUGAUGUCAAUCUACAGGAUAAUGGCGGGAAUAGUCCUCUGAAAGCUGCAAGUAAGGCAGGACAUGUGAGUGUGGUGGAGAAGCUGGUGAAGGCGCGGGCUGAUAUCAAUCUACAGGAUAAUGACAGGAAUACACCACUGACAGCUGCGUGUGAGUUAGGACAUGUGAGUGUGGUGGUGGAGCUGGUGAAGGCGGAUGCUGAUGUCAAUCUACAGGAUAAUGUAAGCUAUACACCACUGAUAGCUGCAUGUAAGGGAGGACAUGUGAGUGUGGUGAAGGAGCUGGUGAAGGCGAGGGCUGAUAUAAAUCUACAGGAUAAUGACGGGAAUACACCACUGACAGUUGCAUGCGAUGGAGGACAUGUGAGUGUGGUGGAGGAGCUGGUGACGGCGGGGGCUGAUAUCAAUCUACAGGAUAAUGACGGGAAUACACCACUGACAGUUGCAUGUUAUGCAGGACAUGAGAGUGUGGUGGAGGUGCUGGUGAAGGCGAAAGCUGAUAUCAAUCAACAGAAUAGAUGGGGGUGUACCCCACUGAGAGCUGCAUGUAAUGUAGGACAUGAGAGUGUGGUGGAGGAGCUGGUGAAGGCGGGGGCUGAUACCAAUCUACGGGAUAAUGACGGGAAUACACCACUGACAGUUGCAUGCAUGAGAGGAUAUGUGAGUAUAAUGGAGAAGCUGAUGAAGGUGGGGGCUGAUAUCAAUCUACAGGAUAAUGACGGGAAUACACCACUGACAGUUGCAUGCGAGGGACAUGAGAGUGUGGUGGAGGAGCUGGUGAAGGCGGGGGCUGAUAUCAAUCUACAGGAUAAUGACGGGAAUACACCACUGACAGUUGCAUGCGAGGGUGGACAUGUGGGUGUGGUGGAGGAUCUGGUGAAGGCAGUGGCUGAUAUCAAUCUACAGAAUCGAUGGGGGUAUACCCCACUGAGAGCUGCAUGUAAUGCAGGACAUGAGAGUGUGGUGGAGGAGCUGGUGAAGGCGGGGGCUGAUAUCAAUCUACAGGAUAAUGACGGGAAUACACCACUGACAGUUGCAUGCGAGGGUGGACAUGUGGGUGUGGUGGAGGAUCUGGUGAAGGCAGUGGCUGAUAUCAAUCUACAGAAUCGAUGGGGGUAUACCCCACUGAGAGCUGCAUGUAAUGCAGGACAUGAGAGUGUGGUGGAGGAGCUGGUGAAGGCGGGGGCUGAUAUCAAUCUACAGGAUAAUGACGGGAAUACACCACUGACAGUUGCAUGCGAGGGAGGACAUGUAAGUAUGGUGGAGAAGCUGGUGAAGGCGGGAGCUGAUAUCAAUCUACAGGAUAAUGACGGGAAUACACCACUGACAGUUGCAUGCGAGGGAGGACAUGUGAGUGUGGUAGAGGAGCUGGUGAAGGCAGGGCGAAGAAGAGCUCUGGAACAUAUUCACAAAUGAGGCAUUUUCAGUCAAUGAAUACCUCAACCCACCCUCACCCCCGAAUUAUCAUUUAAGCAUUUUCAAGUUUGAAUAAAAGCACAAUUUAUCAAUAAAUGUAUUUACUCCUUUUCCAAAAUUUGAAACGUCUCGAAUAUAAAGAAGGAAUUUUUCUCGUACAUAAUGUCUGUCCCACAUAUAAUAUACGUGUAGUUCAGUACACUAACCAAUUUUAACCGCAUCAAAAAUAUACAAAUAUUGCACAAUCUAAAUGUAAUUUAUGGUCACAUUAUUUGUUUUGUACGUAUAGUGAGCCCUUAUAUGUCCGCCUGCAUUAUAUGUUUGCCUGCACUAAAUGUCCACUCAAUGUUGAACCGAACUGUCACUAUAUGUUUGUUUAGACUGAACAUACACAUGUAUUCAAAACAAACAUGCAGAACAUGCACUUCCCG